AUGCCCAACCAGAUGAGCAAGAGCGAUGCCUCUCGCAUCCAGGCGACCCAGGCUCAGGGUGGGAAGGACAUGAGCUCCGGCGGCUUCGCUGCACGGGCCCAGGGUGCCGGAGACAGGAACACCAACGCUGGCCAGCAGGGCCAGGGUGGCCAAGGAGGACAGAACCAGGGAGGACAGAACCAGGGAGGACAGCAGGGACAGAACAAGUAG